AUGUCCGAGCAAACCGUCGUCGAGCUCAUGCGCAUGCAGGUGACUGACGCCUACAUUGCGAGGUCAGAGCUGCAUCGCGAGCUGCGCAACGGCGUACGAGCAGGGCUCGUCCACCAGUCGCAUGUAGACUUCGGUCAAGGAUUCCUACCCAAGGAUUUUGUCUGGCCAGAGGCAUACGGUGACUUCCCGCAGAAGAUUGGGCAGAUCACUACUGCUCCGCCCACAUCAUACUUGAUGCCCUUAAAGAAGUUCUCGCAAGCGAUAACCCACGCGCCUGUGACUGAGAUGGGCGGAAUGGUCCUGAAAGCCGACGCAGAUAGAGCGCAGUUUGGAGCAGCUGUAGACAAGAUGUUAGCGAUGGUACACGCGGAUCCGGGCUCUACAGAUGGCAUGUGGGUAUUCGUAGACUCGCACGAUGGUAAGGCGUAUGUCUUAGUCGGAUGGAACUCCUUGGAGGUGUGUGCGCUAUUUGCUCUACACUAUGCAUUCGACUGCGGAGUGUCUCCCAUUGCUGAGACAGAGGCGUUCAAGAACGCGAGCAAGAGGUUGAUGGUGUAUGUCGCUGCGCUGGUGUGA